ACGCAAAAUAAAUUUAGUAGUUCUUUUAGAAGCUUGAUCUGGCCAGGAGAGGUCGAGGACGCCAUCAUGCAGAUCUUUGUGAAGACGCUGACUGGCAAGACCAUAACUUUAGAGGUCGAACCAAGUGACACAAUCGAAAAUGUUAAAGCUAAAAUUCAAGACAAGGAAGGAAUCCCACCAGACCAACAGCGGCUAAUUUUUGCCGGCAAACAACUGGAAGAUGGUCGCACACUCAGCGACUAUAAUAUCCAGAAGGAAUCGACCCUGCAUUUGGUGUUAAGACUGAGAGGAGGUGGUAAGAAAAGAAAGAAGAAGAAUUACACCACUCCUAAAAAAAUUAAACACAAAAGAAAGAAGGUUAAGCUCGCCGUGUUGAAGUACUACAAAGUUGACGAGAACGGUAAAAUCACUCGCCUUCGACGCGAAUGUCCAAGUGAAUCAUGUGGAGCAGGUGUAUUUAUGGCCCAGCACUUUGAUAGACAAUAUUGUGGAAAAUGUUGUCUGACCUAUGUAUUUAGUAAACCGGGACAGGAAGCUAAAUAAAUAGCACAUUUACCAAA